AUGGAGAAUGAAAUUGUUUUCAAUAGUGAUACAGCAGCUUUAGAUCCAGCCACUGAUCCAUCAGCGUCCAUGAUGUUUCCAGAAUCUAAUGAAAAUGAGCCUGAAGGCUUAACGUUUUAUCACAUGGAUCUCUAUGAAUCAAAAGGAAGAUUAGAAAUCUUUCCUGAAGAGCCAGCUGGAAGUGGAGAUGGGGCUCUGGGCGAAACCAGCCACCAGUCAACAGGGCCAGGGGAAGAUUUUCGCAGUUCUGACCAAAGUGCAUAUGACUUGGAAAAGGAAGUUGAUGAACUAACAAAACUAUAUGGACUUGAUGAGGAUAAAGAAAUAGAGCAGGAGCUUCUUGGUGGGAAUAUAGCUAUGGCUGGGAUUUUAGAGAGCAAAGAGACACCAGCUCAUAAGGAAGGUGUAGCAGCAGGAUCAUAUGACUCCAUAUAUAAUGCACCAAAGAGCAGUUCACCAGUAAACGGCUCUCAGCAUAAAAAACAUAUGGAAAGCACAGAGGAACAGGAACUUCCUGGCCAGGAUUCUGAAGAUGAAUCUCAACACCUACACAACGGCAGAGCGUAUGAUGAGUUGCAUAAUCAUGCACAUUCCGAAGAAGAGCUUAGGAGGGAUGGUUGGCAAGAUGAGAAAAGUAUUCAGCCAAACAGUGAAGAGGAAGCUGCUGAUAUUUAUUGUGCUACCUGUAAGUUUCCAAUUAGAGCUUUUGACAAAUUGUUUGGUGAUCAUAAGGACCAUGAGGUGACCCAGCUUGCCAAUGCAGUGGAAAGUGCAAAGGAGGAGAUUCAGAAAAACAUGUGUAAAUUAGAAGAACAGGUUACUGAAAUGGAAAACUUUGCCAGUCACUUGGAGGAAAUUUUCAUCACUGUAGAGGAGAAUUUUGGGCGCCAAGAGCAGAACUUCGAGAUGCAUUACAAUGAAGUGAUGCAAACACUAACUCAGAAAUAUGAAGAAAAGGUAGAAGGCCUUGGGGAAGGGAAGAAACAGAAGCUAGAAGCCUUGUAUGGGCAACUGGUCAGUUGUGGAGAAAAUCUUGACACCUGUAAGGAGCUUAUGGAAACAAUUCAGGAGCUGUGCAAGGACAAGGAGAAAGCUGAUUUUAUAAAGGCUGCAGUACCCAUGGUGGACAGGCUGGGAGAAUUUUUAAAAAAAGAUAUGGAUUUAGAGCUUUCAACACUGCCAGACUUUGAAGACACAGUCAUAGAUUUCUCUGAUGUUCAGCAACUAAUGGAUUCCAUUAAUUCCAUCACAGCUCCUUCUGCUCCGGUGAUAAAUCCCCAAGCUCUCAACUCAGCGACUGGCACGUCUGUGAGAGUAUGCUGGGGCCUAUUCUCAGAUGACACUGUCGAAUUCUACCAGCUAUAUUAUAAACAAGUCAGUGACGACACACCUAGUAAGGAGCAAGCUGAGCUUAUGAUAAAAGUGAAAGAAACAUACUGCACAGUAACUAACCUGGUGCCAAAUACACAAUAUGAAUUUUGGGUCAGUGCUUUAAAUACCGCCGGCAUCAGCCCAGUGAGUGAAAGAGCAGUUUACGUGACAGCUCCUUCACCUCCUAUCAUUAAAAGAAAAGAGAGCCGAAGCUGUGAAAAUGCAGCACUGGUGUGCUGGGAAUCUGGAAACAUGAAUCCUGUUGACUCCUACACAGUUGAAUUGUCCAAACUAACAAAUGGAGAGAAUGGAGAUAUCAUUACAGAAUCUAUUGUUGGAAUUCCUAAUUGUGAAGCUCUAAUUCAACUGGAGCCAGAACAAAGUUAUAUUAUCUCUGUAAGAGCUGUAAACAUGGGUGGUCCCAGUGAGAGAAGUGAGCCUGGCUCUAUCCACACCACAGGCACUUACUUUUAUCUUAAUGAGGACACUGCCCAUCCUUUGCUGUCUGUUCUAGAAGAUGGAUUAACAAUUGCUUGCAGUGAAAUAGAAAACCUGGAAUGUGAUUUGCCCUUCCGAGAUAACGGUUUUACAAGAUGUAUCGCUAUCCUGGGAAGCAUGAUACCAUUACAAGGGAAACAUUACUGGGAGGUGAAAGUUGAUGAAAAUAUGGAAUACAGGGUUGGCGUGGCUUUUGAAAAUACUCACAGACACGGAUACCUGGGGGCAAACAGCUCUUCCUGGUGCAUGAGGCAUAUUGUUACACCAGCAAGGCACAAGUAUGAAUUUUUGCACAGUGGGACAACGCCGGACAUUAGGAUUACUAUUCCUCCCAAGAGGAUUGGCAUCCUGCUGGACUACGACAACUGGAAACUAUCUUUUUUUAAUCUGGAUAUUGCACAACACCUUUAUACAUUCAACAGUCACUUCCAGCAUUACGUGCACCCCUGUUUUGCUUUAGAAAAGCCUGGGUUCCUAAAGAUAUGUAAUGGCAUUGCAAUCCCCACAUCUAUUACUCUUUUAUGAUCUAUGGCUUGAGUGGCAGCUGCUGAGCAUGGCACAUCUGUGUGUAACAAACUGACAAAAGCCUUAUAUCACAAUCACUUUCAUCCUUUUACGUACACACCGAUUAUGCUUCAGCGAAUAAUUAAAGGCCCAAUACUGCAUGCAGAACUCCGAUGGAAGGCACCAUCAGCUGAAGGCUUGCAGAAUCAAGCCUGCAGACUGCUAUAUCUGUCCUAUGUCAUUCAGAGGCUUCAUAAGCUCAGAA